UUUCUUCCUCUUCUUCCUCUUGCCCAACCUUUUCUCUCUCUCUCUCUCCACACUGCGAAUGACGAACACGGCUGCCAAGAUUGCCGCCCAGGCCGGCCGAGCGCUCAAGCUGGGCAUGAUGCCCGCCGACGGCAUCGGCAAGGAGGUGCUCCCCUGUGCCGCACGGGUGCUGCAGUCGACGCCUGGCGCGCCCAAGUUUGACUUUGUCACGCUGCCCGCUGGCUUCGAGCACUUUCAAAAGACAGGCAGCGCGCUGCCCGACGAGACGGUGCGUGUGCUCCGCGAAGAGUGCGACGGCGCCAUGUUUGGGAGCGUGAGCAGCCCGAGCCACAAGGUCGAGGGCUACUCGAGCCCGAUUGUCAAGCUGCGCAAGGAGCUCGACCUCUACGCCAACAUCCGGCCCGUCGUCGGCGUCCGGGGCACGCGCGACGACGAAAAGUGGGUCGACACCGUCAUUGUGCGGGAAAACACAGAGUGCCUGUACAUUAAAUCGGAGACGAUCGAGGAGGGGCCCCAGGGCCAGGUAGCCCGUGCGAUUCGCCAGAUCACGGAGCGUGCCUCGAAGCGUAUCGGCAAAAAGGCCUUUGAUGUCGCCCUCGCCCGCGAGGCGCUGCGGAGCAAGGCCGGCACCAGCGCAACGGCCGGCCGUGGCAAGGUGACGGUGUGCCACAAGUCCAACGUGCUCAGCGUGACCGACGGCCUCUUCCGCACAGCAGUCCGGGGCGUGUACGAGUCGGACAAGAAGUCGGCCGGUGGGCCUGGCCGUUACGAGGGCAUCGACAUGGACGAGCAGCUCGUCGACAGCAUGGUCUACCGCCUGUUCCGGGAGCCGCACGUGUUCGACGUCGUCGUCGCGCCCAACCUGUACGGUGACAUCAUCUCUGACGGUGCCGCCGCCCUCGUUGGCAGCCUCGGCGUCGUGGCCAGCGUCAAUGCCGGCGACACCUUCUUCAUGGGCGAGCCCGUGCACGGAUCGGCGCCCGACAUUGCCGGCCAGAACAAGGCCAACCCGAUUGCAAGCAUCCGCUCCGCCGCGCUGCUGCUCGAAUACAUGGGCUACUCGGACCCGGCGCUCAAGAUCUACAAGGCCGUCGACGAUGUCAUUCGCGAGGGCAAGUACCUCACCCCAGACCUCCAGGGCACGGCCACGACGAGCGAGUGCGAAGAGGCGAUCCUCCGUGCUCUCCAAAAGUAAUUGGCAGUUGUAUUAAUGACAGAAAUGAAUAAGUCUUGAAUU